AUGGCUUCCCCACCUCCGGAUCGACGACCUCUUGUCAUCUCCGGUCCGUCAGGCGCAGGUAAAGGAACUCUUACCCAAAAGCUCAUUGACGCACACCCGAACACAUUCGAACUAACAGUCUCCCACACAACCCGGCAAGCACGUCCGGGCGAAAAAGACGGUAUAUCCUACCACUUUGUUUCCAUCGAGACAUACAACACUCUCAAAUCCAACGGAAGUCUGAUAGAAGAUGCAAUGUACACCGGUGACUUCUACGGCACCAGUAAAGCAGCACUUGCAGAAAUAUUCGAGAAACAACUCAUCCCUAUUCUUGAUAUCGAGAUGACUGGCGUGAAGCAGGUGAAAGCGAACCCUGAAUUUGAAGCCCACUACGUUUCUAUUAAACCGCGGGGCCUUGAUGUGCUUGAGCAGCAGCUAAGGGGUCGAGGGACGGAGAGUGAGCAUAAUAUUCAGGCUAGACUGGAUCAGGCGAGAAGGGAGCUUGAAUUCGCUGAGACCGCGGGUGUUUUUGAUCGAGUUAUUGUUAAUGAUGAUCCGGAGAGGGCUUAUGCGGAGCUCGAGAGUUUUGUUUUCGGAUUAGAGUAG